AUAAAAAGCAGGAGGCUGCUGGUCUAAGUAUCAUUUGUGUUUGGUGCUCUGUAGACUGACACACAAUAAUGAAAAUCUUCUUGUGUGUUGCCCUUUUGGCCAUCACCGCAGUUGCGGCAGCCAAAGACGUCAAAGGAGACGCUAAAGACAGCAAAAACAAACGCAGUUUGGGUCAUGAAUACCUAGGCUACGGCUCCCUAGGCAGCUACGGUGGCCUCGGCUACGGAUCCGCCUACGGAUCUGGCUACGGAUCAGCCUACGGAUCUGGCUACGGAUCUGGCUACGGAUCCUCCUACGGAUCUGGCUACGGAUCUUCCGGCUACGGAUCCUACGGUUACGGAUCCGGUUUGGGACUGAGCGGAUCAAGCUCCUACAGCGGCUUAUCCGGUCUGGGAAGCGGCGCAAUCGUCAUCGGUUCCGGCUCUGGACUCUACGGAAGCGGUCUCCACAGCGGCAGCGGUCUCUACUCCACCGGAUACAGCGGAUUGGGCAGCGGCUACGGCUACGGUUACGGUAGCGGAUACGGCGGAGCCCUGGGCUACUCCAACUUGGGAAGCUUGGGUUACUCUUCUGGUGUCGUCGGGGUCGCCCAAAACCAAGAAGUCGGCAGACAUACCGUCCAUACCAUUACCAACAAGGUCGCAGUGCCAGUAGCCCAACCUUACCCAGUCCCAGUCACCAAAACCGUGCAAGUGCCACAACCCUACCCUGUUCCAGUACAAAGGCCAGUCCCAUACCACGUUCGCGUCAACGUUCCAGUACCAGUAGAAAGGCCAGUUCCAGUAAACGUACCACAUCCAGUACCAGUACCAGUCCGUGUCAAUGUGCCAUACCCAGUAGACAAGCCUUAUCCAGUUACAGUCACCAGAACCGUCGCUGUCCCAGUCGAAAGACCAGUUCCUGUUAGAGUACCAGAACCAGUAGCUGUACCAGUAGCGCAACCUUAUCCAGUACCAGUCCAGAGACCAGUCCCAGUCCAAGUACCUGAACCAAUCCUUGUUAAAAUCCCAGAAAUCACCAGAGUCCACACCUCUUACACCACCCACACCGGUCCAGCCGUCGUUACUUCUGGAUCAGCUUUGACUGGCUACGGCGGAGUCGUCACCACAGGAUUGGGAUCUUCAGGUGUGAUCGCCAACGGAUUCGGCUCUGGGUUAGUCUCCAGCACAGUCGCUCCAACUGUUUCUGGGAUCACAGCGUCUCCCAUCUCCUCAGGAUACGUCGCCUCAGUCACUCCAGCACCUUUCAGUUCUGGAAUUGUAUCCACAGUUGCCCCAGCUGUCGGAUCAGCUGUCAUUUCCCAAGCCGUCCCAGUCAGCUCUGGGGUCAUCAACUCCGUAACCCCCUCCCCAAUUGUAUCUGGAGUCGUUGGUAGUUACGACUCUGGAUUAGUCUCCAGCGGUCUUGCCUCUAGCAGCCUUGGAUCUGGUUACAUCUCCAGUGGACUAGGAUCUGGUUACAUCUCCAGUGGACUAGGAUCCGGUAUCGUUUCCAGCGGACUGGGAUCAGGCGUCGUCUCCAGCGGCUACGGAAGUGGACACAGCUCCAGCUACAGUAACUUCGGAUCCGGCUACUCAAGCGGAUCAAACUUCCUAGGAUAUAAGAAAUGCUUCGCUUUAUUGAUGAUCGCUGUCAGCGCCAAGGACACGACUAAGGAAGAAAAAUCAAAACGUAGCCUACCCGGAGAAGCUAUCAUCGGAACAGGAUCUCUGGGUUUAAGCGGACUCAACUCUUACUCAUACGGAGCUGGUUUAUCUGGAGCGGGAGUAAUUGGCGCUGCUGACCUUGGUAGCACUGCGGUCAUUGGUUCCGGAUUGGGCAGCUCCGCCGUGAUUGGCUCAGCUUUGGGCAGCUCUGCUAUCAUUGGUUCCGGCUUAGCCAGCCCCGCAGUCGUCGUCGGUUCCGGCUCUGGACUCUACGGAAGCGGCCUCUACAGCGGCAGCGGUCUCUACUCCACCGGAUACAGCGGAUUGGGCAGCGGCUACGGCUACGGUUACGGUAGCGGAUACGGCGGAGGCCUGGGCUACUCCAACUUGGGAAGCUUGGGUUACUCUUCAGGUGUCGUCGGGGUCACCCAAAGCCAAGAAGUCGGCAGACACACUGUCCACACCGUUGCCAACAGGGUAGCAGUUCCAGUACCCCAACCCUACCCAGUCCCAGUUACCAAGACCGUGCAGGUGCCACAACCCUACGCCGUCCCUGUUUCCAGGCCAGUACCAGUACCAGUUCAAGUACGCGUUAAUGUCCCAGUAGAAAGGCCUGUUCCAGUAAACGUACCACACCCAGUACCAGUACCAGUCCGUGUCAAUGUGCCAUACCCAGUUGACAAACCUUACCCAGUCCAAGUUGUCAGAACCGUCCAAGUUCCAGUAGAAAGACCAGUACCAGUCAGAGUACCACAACCAGUAGCUGUGCCAGUUGCCCAACCUUAUCCAGUACCAGUCCAAAGACCAGUACCUGUUCAAGUUCCUGAACCAGUGGUCGUGAAAGUCCCAGAGCUCAUCAACGUGCACAAGACCAUCACUACCGGCCCUGCUGUAGUAGCCUCUGCCCCAGCUGUUGUAAACGGUGGUAUCUCCUCCGGAAUCGUCUCUGGUGGCAUCAUCUCCGGCGGAAUCGGAUCCGGAAUUAUCGCCAACUCCCUUGGCUCCGGCAUUCUGUCCUACCCUGGUGCUGGUAUCGUAAGUGGUGAUAUCCCCAUCAACGCUGGCGUCGUAUCCAGCGGACUCGACUCUGGUAUUCUGUCCAGCGGUCUCAGUUCUGGUAUCGUAUCUAGUGGACUGAGCUCUGGUAUUGUGUCCAGCGGUCUUAGUUCUGGUAUCGUAUCUAGUGGACUCAGCUCUGGCAUUCUGUCCAGCGGCCUUAACUCCGGUGUGAUCUCCCAUGGAGGACUUGUCCCAAGCGUUUACGGAUCUGGCCUCAUCUCCAGCGACUGGGUCGGCAAAUCCAUUUACAAGAGAAGCAACGACAAAGUAAACAAAGCUCAGAAGUAGAGAUAAAAAAUAUUAUGAACUUGAACGAGGUUUAUAUUGUUUGAUUAUUUUAAUAAAUUAUUAAAAUUAUG